AUGGAAGAUACCCGACACAUUGACAUAGAUCAAGACUUGCUGAGAUUCAAGCUGCUGCAAACCAUAGCCGAAAACCCACUAGAUGCAGGGGACUCCAUAAAAACAGUCCUAAACGCACUUUCCUCCUACAUAAAGGAAUCCCUCAAUGAUAUCCCAGAGGAAAAGCGUGCUGAAGUUGAGGCAUCCGUGGACACUUUCCUGCAGAAAAGCCUAAAAAACACGCUCAGCACAAUAAUUAGUGCACACUGUACAGUAAGUCCAGAAACAAUCAAAAUCCUCACGAAAGAAGCGAUGGCAGAGACUUCUUCCGAGUUCUCGCAGGAACUCUCCAGAUUAAGUGCAAAAAUAGAUUAUUUCAUUCUCGACCAUAAGAUCGCAUACGAGAGAAGCGUUCAGAUAGUUUUCUCUGCAAUAAUAGAAUCCUACACCCGCUUAAAGGAUUUCUAUGAGAUGCUUAUUUCCCACGGCAAGAAAGUGCUUCCAAGGGAAACAAUGGAAAAAUUCAGCAGAUCCGGGCUCGAACUUGCCCUUUGGGGGGAUAUGCUCAAACUGCAAAACACAUCGAUGGCUUUACAGGCUGCCUCAGAGGAGAAAGAGAAGAGCAAAGUAGUGCUGAGAAAGGCUAUAGAAGAAAAAGAAAGAGUACGUGCUGCAGACAGUGCUCUGGAGAGGGAAAGAUACACUUUAAAAAGAGCACUUACGAAGACUCAGAGCUUUUUCUGUGGGGAUAUGUAUAGUCCCAGUGCAUAUCUUUACCUGAAAAAAAUAACGGAAGAAAAUAGCGAGUAUAUACUCCCAGGGAAAAUAGACUUUCUGCAAGUCCGCGGGGAAAAUACCCCGAAUAGCCUGAGUAAUUUCUCUGUUCGGGAGAUGUUUGAGAAAAUAUGCAUGUUCGAGAAGGAGUGCAAGUUUGAGAGUGCAGGAGAAAUGGAAAGCGAGGCUGACGAGGCGAUACGGAAAGUGCGUGCUGAGCUUGAAAAUGCCCUUUUUCAGGGUUCGGUUCGUGAGCUUGUGAAGAUACUUGAGGCAGCUGAAGAGAAGAUGAAAAAUUUGCAAGAACCUGAAAAAACGAAAAUGGAAAAAUUCAGGGAUGCUCUGAAAAGAGUCAUUUCCGAUGUAAAUGAGCAUGUGGAGUCUUCCUUAAUGCAUUUGAACCUAGUUUCCGGAUACCUGUGCGGUAAUCGUUUCCUGAUGGCGGGGUCUAAUGAGUCUGUAGGCAUGGAAGUUGCAUUUUUUAACGACUAUUUAGAAAAAAUGCAAGAAAAAUUUCCAAACGUGGAAAUAAAAUCAGGUUUUGAAAAGGCUUUGCAGAACCUGAUAAACCAUGCAAAGGCGAGGCACGGAAGGGUACAUCAGAUGCACGGCCCCAUAGAGAAAGCAAACCACUGUCUUGUGAGCCUGUGCAGGCCUAGAGAAAGCGAAAACGAGGCCGUGGAAGCCUGCAAUUCCAGGGUUUCCGCGUAUGAAAAAUUUGCAAAGGAAAAUCCGUUGCCCGAAUUUUCAGGUUCUAUCGAGGAUAUAGCGCCUGAAACCCUGGGAGAAGGAGCUACUCCGCGUGAGGUUGAAGGCAUGCUUUCAACUGCAGAAAAGAUCCGGGAUAUGUACACUAGAGAGCUAAGAGGUGGGCCCAAAGCAGAUUCUGAACGGGUAAAUUUAGAGAAAGAGCUAUCGGAAUUCGAGGAAAAGAUACGGGUUCUUGAAGAGAAGCUGCAGUCAUUCGACAAGAGCUUAAGCGAGGAAACACUCCGAGAAAAUGAGUGUGUUCGCUAUGCUUAUCUGAUGAAGUACAAAAGCGAGGCUCUUAAGCACGCAGAGACUCUCGCGAAGGAGGUUGGGGCGGAGCUGGUUCCACUGGCCUUGGAGGCUAUGCGGAAACUUGAAGAAGCCCCGAAUAACCCAGAAUUUAACGAAAAAGUUAAAAAAAUGCUUGAGGAGACCCUUAAAAAGGAACCGCAGAGUCUGCUAACUCCUGAGUUUAUCAUCGAAAACAAACACUUUUUGGAGGAAUUGCCAGAAGUGAUGGAUCGGCUCAGUAAAGAGAUAUCAGAAACUUUGGGAGAAAGCUCAGAGAAAGGGGCAGGUGGAAGGCGCCGGGCGGCGCUUCAAAGUUCGAUUUUCAGACUUUUCUCCUUCGUUAUGCUUCUGUCGCUGGGGCUGGCGUACAACUCUAGCACUGACCAAAAAAAUAAAAAAUAG